GGGGUCGGCGCGGUGGGCGGGACGACGCUGGAUGGUCUGUGAGCGGCAGCUAGCCGGGUGCUCCUGCUUUCAAUGCGUUUGGUGUUAGCGUGGUGGACCCUCGAGCCCAACUGCACUCACAGGACCCAGCCACCUGCCCUUUCCUGUACCAUUUGGCCAGGUUAUUCCUUCUGCUCCAGAGGCUUGGAUAUGGACCUUCUUCAUUUCCUGGCCUUUCUCUUUGUCCUGCUUUUGUCUGGGACAGGAACCACAGGCACCUUGAGGACCUCCCUGGACCCGAGCCUGGAGAUCUACAAAAAGCUGUUUGAGGUGAAGCGGCGGGAGCAGCUGAUGGCCCUGAAGAACCUGGCACAGCUGAAUGACAUCCACCAGCAGUACAAGAUCCUUGAUGUCAUGCUCAGGGGGCUCUUUAAGGUGCUGGAGGACUCCCGGACAGUGCUUAUUGCUGCUGAUGUGCUCCCAGAUGGGCCCUUUCCCCAGGACGAGAAGCUGAAGGAUGCUUUCUCUCACGUGGUGGAGAACACGGCCUUCUUCGGUGAUGUGGUGCUGCGUUUCCCAAAGAUUGUGCACUAUUACUUCGACCACAACUCCAACUGGAACCUCCUUAUCCGCUGGGGCAUCAGUUUCUGUAACCAGACUGGCGUCUUUGACCAGGGGCCCCACUCGCCCAUCCUCAGCCUGAUGGCCCAGGAGCUGGGGAUCAGUGAGAAAGACUCUGACUUCCAGAACCCAUUUAAAAUCGACCGCACAGAGUUAAUUCCCAGCACCGACCCUUUCCAGAAGGCCCUGAGAGAAGAAGAGAAACGCCGGAAGAAAGAGGAGAAGCGGAAAGAGAUCCGAAAAGGCCCAAGGAUCUCCAGAUCCCAGUCUGAGUUAUAGCUCUGGAGCAGCUCAGGGCUCAGGGCCAGGAGGAGACAGUCAGGAGGAAGAGGAGGUGGAAGUGUGGUGGUGGUGGUGAGCACCAGCUAGGCCCUUCCAGAAGGGGAGGCCACAUUUGCCUGGCCCCCUGGAGCUGAAUCUGAGCUCCAGCUGAAGGAACUGAGCCUCAGAUGGCUGGAUGUUCUCUCAGGGGCCUCCUGCUGAAGGGGCCUUCAGAGGACUUUAUGCUGCAAAUAUGACCUUGUGCAGACUGCUAGGGGAGGCAGGGGGAUGUCUGCUUGGACUUCUUGGUGGCUGAAGACCACUGGCCACCUGGCUGCUGCCCUUGGUGGGGAAGCAGCAGAACCAGGUUCUGAGCCACAGGUGAGGGUGCCCCCCUGCUGUUGGCCCCACUGUGUCAUUGAGUGGCCGGGCACAGGUCCCAGCCCCUCUACAGAGACACAAUAAAAGCCUGCAGACCUUUUGGACUGAC